UGACCACGCUCGCUUGCCGCUGCUCGCGUCUACAGUCGCGCUUUACAUAGCAUACAGCGUGCGCGAGGAGAAGCUGUGUUGCGCUCGCGCGCUGCAAGACCAAGCAGAGAGCAUGCCCGGGCUCUUACUCGGAGAUGCGUUCCCUAAUUUUGAAGCCGACACCACCAUCGGAAAACUCAAACUCUAUGACUUCCUGGGAGAUUCUUGGGGCAUCCUGUUCUCACAUCCCAGGGACUACACCCCGGUGUGUACCACGGAGCUAGGCCAAGCAGCUGAAUUAAGCCCAGAGUUUACCAAGCGUAAUGUGAAGAUGAUCGCUCUCUCCAUCGAUAGCCUCGAGGAGCAUUAUAGCUGGAGCAAGGAUAUCCUGGCCUACAACAAUGACGAGACAGUGUCCGAGAUCCCGUUUCCCAUCAUAGCCGAUGAUAGGCGGGAGCUGGCUGUGGAGCUGGGAAUGCUGGAUCCCGAGGAGAAGGACCAGUCUGGCAUGCCGCUUACCGCCCGCUGCGUGACCCCCAAACUCAUUUUAAAUAUAUGUCACCACUCAGAAACACAAGACAACCUAUUUUUAUUCUUCAAAAAGCCUGGGGACUGUGUUAUGGUUCCUCCUGCCAUACCCGAAGAUGAAGCCAGAAGCCUGUUCCCUGCUGGGGUGUACACUAAAGAGCUUCCAUCAGGGAAGAGGUACCUGCGUUACAUACCUCAGCCAUGAAUGCUCACGCAGGGCCCCUGGAGGACUAUAGCACUGGACGCAGGCAUCACAGGGAAAACCAAGAUGAACCACAAUGCUCUGGAUGAGUCCCAGAUUUGAAGAAGCCAACCACACAUUUGGAUUCAUGACUUAGCAUGAGCUAGCCUUUGGUUACCCAGAAGUAACCCCAAGUAAGCUGAACAGGGUAGCUUGCUAACCCAUGCAUUCAAACAGCCAGGCCAUUCAAAGUACUUGUCAGUAAGCUUCCAAGGCAUACUAUUUCUGUGUUCUUAAAGUGAGUUUUUUCUGCUAUACCUAUAGGGAAAAUGCCUUAAGUUAAUGUGCACUAUCCCACAUCCAGUAACAUAAGUUGUUUAGCUGUGAUCAAAACAGGAAAUAAACCCACACAUGGAAACACCUA